AGCCUAGAGUACUAACUCUUUGGUAGCUUGUAAACAUUCCAACAGGGACACGGGGUCAAAUUCCACGUCACAUUUUUCCUGUGGCUCUAUAGUUUGUGUCCAACAGAAAAAGUAGGACAAAAUGUCUCCACCCUCACACACAGUAGCACACUCAGUCCCACCUCAUGCUCUGACUCGGCUAGCACGAGAGUGGCUGGCAGAGGACACACCAAACUUUGACCCAGCAGGAGUUUGUGUGGGGUCACAAGAGAUCGAGGCAAGGUUGCUAUGUAAAACACCACACAGUGUCCUGGCAGGGAGCCCAUUCUUCACAGCAGUGUUCACUGAGGUCGGCUGUACCGUGGAUUGGAUUUACCAGGAGGGUGCUGAGAUCGGUCCAGAUGCCAUCACGCUGACUGCUGUUGUGAGAGGCCCAGCAAGGUGCCUCCUCCUGGGAGAAAGGCCAGCUCUAAACUGCCUGGCCCGGGCCUCAGGGAUCGCCACUCGCUGUUCUCAGCUGCAGGCAAUGGCAACGGUGGGAGGCUGGCAUGGAGAAGUGGCUGGCACACGCAAGACCACCCCAGGCUUCCGUCUGGUGGAGAAGUACGCCAUGUUGGUUGGCGGUGUGUCCAUGCACAGACAGGACCUGAGUGGAAUGGUGAUGCUGAAGGACAACCAUGUCUGGGCAUCAGGAAGUAUUACACAGGCUGUGACAGCUGCCCGCUCAGUGUGUGGCUUCAGCAGUAAGAUCGAGGUAGAGUGCCGUUCAGCAGAAGAGGGCAGAGAGGCAGCCAGAGGAGGAGCAGACAUUGUCAUGCUGGACAACUUUCAACCUCAGGAGCUCCAUGUUGCAGCUCGUGCACUAAAGGAGGAGUUCCCAGCUCUCCUGAUAGAAGCCAGUGGAGGAGUGACUCUAGCGAACUUGUCUAUGUAUUUCUCCCCACAUGUGGACAUCAUUUCCCUGGGCUGCAUAACACAGGGCUGCCCAGUUGUGGACUUUUCUCUCAAGGUUCAAAAGCCUGUUGCUCACUCAGUCCUCCAAGAUUGACGGCCACCACAAACAGAAUGUACAGACAGUCCCAUGUCGACUGAAGGAGAAAAUGUUGUGAAUGAGAUUGUGUUCUGAUGAAUAGAGGAUACUUUCUUAGUGUGUUCAUUAAUUUCCCGUAACUGUUAUUGCAGUGGUCAACUCUUGAGAAAUACUUCACAUCCUCUUUGCUCUCCGUCAUUAGUCAUUUGAUGAGGCUCAAAAGAGAAUAGAAACUACACUGUACUUUCUUUUGUGCUGGGGCCGUGUAGGCCAAAUGGCAAUUUCAUGUUUUUCUUGAAAAACAAAAUAGAGAAACAGCAAGUAGAGGAACAGCAGUCAACAGAAAUCAACAGAAAUUCACUGUAAUACAGAAUAAAAGGAAUAUUAAGCUAA